UUACCAAUUGCUGUUCAGUCAUAUUACCAUUUUACACCUAUACUGAACAUAUUUAAUUAUAGGUAGAUGUUUUUUUUGUCAAUCCCAAUGUGACUUAAUUAAUCAUUUACUUAAAUUUAUUUGCUGUUAAUUGUUAUUAUAAAAUAGUGAACUAUUACGUUGUUGUAAUGUUCAAUCUUAUAACUUGAUCUGUAACUAUUUUCUGGUGUGGUUAUAUUAUCAUGGUACACCUAUACUUGGCAGUGAAUAGUUGGAACAAUAUUUAUUUUGACGUUCAACUGGGACUACUUGACUAAUGUAGUAAAUGUGUUAAUAUAAUUUGGUAUUUUGAUAUAAAAGUCACUGUGUAUAAAAUAUUGGAGUGGGGAAAAGUGUUGCUUUUUUUUCUUCAUAUAUCUUUACUCCAGUGUAGAUAUUUCUUACUGAAGAGAACUAUAAAUGUUCUAAGUGCUAAUUUAUAUUGACACAGAGUAAACCCUACAACUUUGUUUGAAGAUAUAGUAUAUGUAGACAUUAACUAUGUAUAAGUAAUAGAUUUAUAUUUGAUAUUGGAGGACAAUUAAAUUUUGUUUUAAUCUCAUCUAAAAUUAAUCAUUAUAACUGUUGGAAGUAUUAAAACUAAGAUAUAAUCUAGGUGUUUGGAGACAUAAUAUUUCUUGUAAGAUUUCUUGACCUGGCUGAAUGAGGGAUGAUAAAAAAGUUUCUGGCUGUUCUUUUUGGCUUAGUUUUAGGCUACAUGCUGAUAGAUGACUUUAAUCCAGAAACUGUGAAGGGGAAGAAUGUAUUUAUUACUGGGGCAUCAACGGGUAUUGGAGAACAGUUGGCAUAUCACUACGCAAAACUUGGUGCUAACAUUGUCAUCACAGCAAGGAGGGAAAGGAGACUCAAAGAGGUGAUAGAAAAAUGUCGGGAGCUUGGAAACAAAGAACAAACAUAUGAUUACAUUGUGGCUGACAUGCUUGAUCUCAAUUCUACAGGAAAUGUUAUACAGACUGUUGUGAAUAAACUUGGAGGGAGACUAGAUUACCUGGUGUUGAAUCAUAUAAUUCUGCUAGAUCUUGGUGUUUGGACAGGCUCCCAACAUAAUUUAUCAUUGAUUGAUAAAGUAAUAAAUGUAAACUUCCAGUCCUAUGUGUACCUAGCAUCACACUCUCUACCUCAUCUUGAAGAAAGCAAAGGAAGCAUUGUAGUAGUGUCAUCAUUCGCAGGGAAAUUCGGACAGCCAUUUGUGUCAAUAUACUCUGCCUCAAAGUUUGCGUUAGAUGGAUUUUUUGGAGGUCUUCGGCAGGAACUGAAAUUGCGUAACUGUGAUAUAUCAAUAACUGUGUGUGUGUUAGGUUUUAUAGGUACAGAAAAUGCAAUAAGUCAGCUUGAAAGCUACAAACAAAAUUUGUUAUUAAAGCUUGUGACAGCAGCAUCACCAAGUGAUACCGCCUUACAGAUUAUUCGGGGUGGAGCAAAACGUGUUCGUCAAAUAUAUUAUCCUAUGAUGCAAGUUUUCCCACUAGUUAUGUUGAGGGAUUUGUUUCCAGAAAUGUGUGAUACUAUAAAUAGAUUUGUUUACACGUUAAAUUCAUAGAAAUAAGUGACAUUAAAUGAUAUUUCUCAUCUUAAUAAAUGUCACAGUUUUCUAAUUAAAAAGGAUAAAUGUUUUUGGCAUAAGAAUAUUUAUAAUUGAUUUAGCCAGUCAGUGGUAAAUAUACUACAAAAAGCUCACCUCUCUAGCAAUAAAAAUGAUGAUGUUACUUUCUUAAUCCUUAAAAAACAACACAUGCUAUUGAUAUUAAAUAUUGAGACCCAUGCAAAAUUUUUAUUUCUUCGUUUUGAAUUUUUCAUUAAUUAUUUUGUAAAUGUCCUUUAAUUAAUACACUGGG